CCAGCAUCCGUUACCAUGUAAGCAUACAGCAGGAGGGACGAAAGCGAAACGACCGUAAAAAGUAGACCAUUCACUUGAUCGAAAUCUACGUACCACUGUGAGCAUCGUCAUCGGCUGAUAUACUAUGGAAACAUAACAUUCGUGUGACAUUCGUGUGGCUUACGUGUGGAUGGUGAAGUUAGAAAAACUUAGCCUUUUCGCUACAGCCCAAACAUUGCGCUGGUAGUUGGGCGAUAAACUGGAAUGAAGUACGCGGUUGAGGUAGACAGCACGCAUGGAAUCCUUGGCAGUCAAGUAAUGUGCGGCUAAGGGUAACCGGGUCAACGAAUCGUGCCCUCCGGUCGCAAAUGCAGAGGCCAACCGAAAUUGCAGAGCUCACGCACUUGACUGGAGGUUCACAUGUAGCGUUUUAUGUAACCUCUUGUAAGCAAAGGAAGAAAGCUUACGGUUAUGAAGUGACACAAAGGAGCGAAACAGAACAAGAGAAACUAAGGUGGAUGGAAGCGAGAAUGAGAAAGACAGUUAAACGCGGCGACUAGGUAACCGUUGAUGGUAGCGAUGGCCUUCGAUGGGUGAAGUUGUAAAUCAAUCGUGAAACUCCACGAAAAAAAAAAAACAAACCAGCAAACGCAGGCCGAUACUUCCAAGAAAGCGAUUUCCCAGAAAAGCUUCACACCACACCAUAACUAACCCUACAUCGCAGCGAGAGAUGUAAAAAGCCUUUGCUAAAUAUCAAUUUGUAUUACUUUUGACAGUUCGUAUUUACGAUCCUUACAAACUUCACACGUAAGCACUGAUGAGUUUUUCAGGGAGCAAAAACCAAAUUGCCUACACGGCGCAAGUGAACCAUUAGACAUAUCGUGAUUAAGUGAAGGAGCAAGAAAUCUACCGUUGCUCUGUGUGGGCAUAAAAAACUCAAUUCCUUGUAAAAGCAAACACAUAUUAGUCCACGGCGUGUGAGUGGUGAAAACACUAAGAACGAAACUGCCCAUGUCAAGGGGUAAACAGGGAGGAAAAUCAAAAUGGACGGAAGUCCGAAUGGGUUAGCGCCCGGAAUCAAACGUUAAUUAUUGAUAGAUAUCUUCGAACCCAUUCAUGUGUAGUGGCUUGCUAACGUGAUACCGUAUACCUCUACUAGCUUAUGGUGGUGUAUGCAAUAUUCACCCCAGACACCAUGCUCCAUAUCGAGCGGUUUUUGUAGCGUUUACAACACGCUCAGAACUGGGAAGUGAAAUUCGGAAAUAACAAAAUCUGUACUAUCUAUGUCAAUGUGUGUGUGUAUGUAAAUGGAAAUAGAGCUAAUCCUAGUGGCAAGCCAGUGAUCGUCCGGGUUUGUGGUUGGUUGGGUAAAAUGUUCUUUCUAUCCUGUUUUUUUUUUUACUUCAACCCUUGACUCAUUAUCGUUGGGUUGGGAAGGAUCCACAACCUAAGCUUUUUGUUUCACUUAUCUUUCUUACAUUGCAAAAUUUCGGUACAGGCGAUAGUCCCGUGCAAUGACGAGACAAGUUUUGUUCACAUCGUGUAUCAGUAUCAGGAAACAUCGAUUUUGGCUAUAGCAAGGACAAGUGUCAAAAAUGUUGCGUAGGCGUAGGAAUAAACUGGAAUAGGCUAAGGACAAUGUUGUGAGUUGCGAAAAUCAUCCUCUACAUAGGAACUCCUUCCUUCCUGCGCCAAUGAGCCGGAGGAAUCGUAAAAAAAACUACAACAAAUAGUAAUAACCCAACCCAGACACUAUCUAGCUGGCAACAGUAUAACAAGUCAACGCCUCGGACCCGUGGACUGUUUGGUGAAGGUGGAAAAUGCGUCAAGUCAGUCAACUGCACCACAUGUGAGAAGAUGUUAUUUCAGAGUACCGUGACUCGGAGCGGUUCGAAUGGUCGUAAAGUGCUGCCAUAGAAACGGGGAUGGAAACAAACGACCCGCAAACAUAGGAAGCGCAUAAAAUUCUCCACAAAGCUGUCUGCAAGGAAUGAACGAUUUGAAUCGAAACCGAAGAAAAGCAAAAUAGGCACACCCGCUCCGUACAAACACAACAUUGCUGUAAGUCAUAUCGUCAAACAAACUCACUUUUCAGCAACGAAUUAACGGGGUGUGCUGCCUAUGGCGUCGAUUUACAGCUCCACUCAGGUGGAUGCUUAUUUUUCCCGUUUCGGUGCAGACAGGAAAUACUGAGUGUUGUGAGAGGUGUAUUUGUGUAUGAGUGCGUGAGUGAGUGUGUUCGGUACUGCUGCAUGUGCUCUGAUGUUGGUGUUGCCUAUGGCUCUACAACAAAAGCUCCCAAAACACAUCCAUCCGUCACUGGGAUGAAGUGGUGUAUCAUCAUGUUAUUCAGUGGCAGCGGCGGCUGUAGAAGCAGCAGCAGCAGCUGCUGCAAAGGGUGCGCAUGAAGUAAAGUGGCGUAAUCGGAGUUGGAGGAUCGAUCAGGAAUGCAUUAGUGUGUCUAUUUACCACUGGUGCCUGCACAGUGUUGUAAGUGCGUGCGUUUGUAUGUGUGUGCACGUAGGUGUUUGUGAAUGUGAUCAUAUGUGUGCGUAGGUUUAGGGCCUGUGAGUGAUUCUAUCGUUGUGUGUGCAAACGAGACAAGGAGAUGCGAAAAGAAAAGCGCCCAUCGGGGAAGCAAUGUGAUCCACUGUGAGCGGAGCUAUGGUGGUGUACCGUGGGAUCUAAAAGCUGCAGUGUGACGACAGUGAAACAUAGCAGCGAGCGAAAUUGCGUUUUGAAACGAUGAAAAAAGGGUUCUGUUACUGAAGGGUUUGCCCAUCGCCAGUGACCAGUGUAGUGCACCGGUUGCAUAAAAAAGGUUCCACGAUAGCACGCGCUGGUGUGACGGCGCAAUGGGAACAAGAAGAUAGAUGCAAUUCAUCAUCGUUGCAUAUGGGCCAAAUGCGGUCCUGCAAGUUGUGUACACCUGAGGACGUUAUCUUUUGAUCACGUUAGCAAAAAACAGGCAAUUCGUAGAGAAAUACGACUGUAAGAAGCAGAACGAACGAACGAACGAACGCCGACGUUCCAAGCUAAAAUUGAAUCAAGCAGAUCGACUUUCUCGCCCUGCAGCCCACAACAGCCAGAUGAUUGCUUGUUUACCCCAUCGAAUCGGCAACGGAACCCAGCAGCUACGCGGCGACAUGCCAGGAUAAAGGACCCGGGGAGGGAAGCGUGAAACCCAAUCACUAAUGUACGAGCCUGCGCGGGGAGCAUGGCGGACGAAAGCGCACAACAAAUCACGCACACAACUAGCAACAGCAGCAGCAGCAGCAAAAAAUCGAAAGCAAAAUAAAUAAAAGGACCCUGGUGGAAUUUCGGUCCGCCGCAUUUACCAUCGCAAGUCGUCGCAUCGCAUCAACGUCAGGGCGCUGUCGCAUUCAACGAACUCAGUGAAUAAAACGAAACCACCUCCACCGGCAUCCGCGAACAUAAUCCGAAAUCGAUCGGCCACAACAUAAUAAAAAGCAAGUUUGGCAGAACCGCAGGACGUUGCCGCGCGAAAAUCGUACUCGCCUCGCGGAUCGACCAGUGUGCGGGGGAGAGAUUAUCAUAAAAUUAAAUCAAACGCGGCUCAAUUUACUUACUCGCCGGAAUCGCUGCCCCGUGGCCAUGUAUCCGUCGUCGCUAGUGUUGGUGCUGACAUUUGCUCAAAUCGUGCUGGUGUUCGUGGGCAACCGGGGAGCGACCGGAUCGCGGCCCGGCUCCAGUCACCGACUGGACGUGUACAUAGCGGGCUUUUUCCCGUACGGGGAGGGCGUAGAGAACAGCGAGACCGGGCGCGGUGUCAUGCCUAGCGUGAAGCUAGCGCUCGACCACGUGAACGAGCACUCCACCAUCCUGCGCAACUACCGGCUGCACAUGUGGUGGAACGAUACGGAAUGCAAUGCGGCCGUCGGUAUGAAAUCGUUCUUCGACAUGAUGCAUUCCGGACCGCACAAGCUGAUGCUGUUCGGGGCGGCCUGCACCCACGUGACGGAUCCUAUUGCCAAAGCCAGCAAGCACUGGCACUUGACGCAGCUGUCCUACGCCGACACGCAUCCGAUGUUCACCAAGGACGCAUUUCCAAACUUUUUCCGCGUGGUACCGUCGGAGAACGCGUUUAACGCGCCCCGGCUAGCGCUGCUCAAGGAGUUCAAUUGGACGCGCAUCGGUACCAUCUACCAGAACGAGCCGCGCUACUCGCUGCCGCACAACCACAUGGUCGCCGACCUGGACGCGAUGGGUUUGGACGUAGUCGAGACGCAAAGCUUCGUGUACGACGUGGAGGAAUCGCUGCGCAAGCUGCGCGAGAAGGACGUCCGCAUCAUCUACGGCAACUUCAAUGAGUUCUGGGCCCGUCGGGUGUUCUGCGAGGCGUACAAACUGGACAUGUUCGGUCGCUCCUACCAGUGGCUUGUUAUGGGCACGUACGGUAACGAGUGGUGGGCCGAAAACGAUACCGACUGCACGGUCGACCAUGUCACGACGGCACUCGAGUCAACGAUCCUUGUGGACCUGCUGCCGUUGUCCACCAGCGGCGACAUUACCAUUUCCGGCAUUACGGCCGACGAGUAUCUGACCGAGUACAACAGCCGACGGGGUGGCGAAUAUUCGCGCUUUCACGGCUACACUUACGAUGGUAUCUGGGCCGUUGCCAGCGCCAUUCAGUACGUGUCCCAGCGCAAGGAACACUCCCUGACACACUUCGAGUAUCGAAUGAAGAACUGGGAGGACAUAUUUUUAGAAGCGCUCAAGAACACCAGCUUCGAGGGAGUUACGGGUCCGGUGCGGUUUUACAACAACGAGCGAAAGGCGAGCUUUCUGCUGAAGCAGUUCCAGAACGGUGCGGAAGUAAAGAUUGGCGAGUACAGUUCACUCACCGGGCGGUUGGAUCUGAGCUUGGGCCAUCCGCUUAAGUGGGUUGGCCGAAGCCCACCCAAGGAUCGCACGCUACGAAUUAUUGAACACAGCCAGGUGAACAUCACCAUCUUCGUCGUGUUAGCAAGCACCUCCUGCGUAGGCAUUAUAAUGGCGACCGUGUUUCUCGCCGUCAACAUUACCUUCCGCAACCAGAGGUACAUCAAAAUGUCCAGCCCUCAUUUGAACAAUCUCAUCAUCAUUGGCUGCAUCCUCACGUACUUGAGCGUAAUAUUUCUCGGCCUCGACAGUGGGCUGAGCAGUGUGGCUGCGUUCCCAUACAUCUGCACGGCCCGGGCCUGGUUGCUAAUGGCCGGCUUCAGUUUGGCGUUCGGCGCCAUGUUCUCCAAAACGUGGCGUGUGCAUUCCAUCUUCACCGACCUGAAGCUCAACAAAAAGGUGAUAAAAGAUUAUCAGCUGUUCAUUGUGGUCGGUGUGUUGCUGGCGAUCGAUCUGGCGAUCAUGACCACCUGGCAGAUAGCCGAUCCAUUCUAUCGCGAAACGAAGUACAUUGAACCAUCGGAGCAUCCGACACUGGAGGACGUGAUCAUCGUGCAGGAGAACGAAUACUGCCAGUCGAGCAAAAUGACCAUCUUUAUCGGUGUCAUCUACGCGUACAAAGGGCUGCUGCUAAUCUUCGGAGCCUUUCUUGCAUGGGAAACCCGCCACGUGUCCAUACCGGCACUGAACGAUUCGAAACACGUGGGCCUGUCGGUGUACAACUGCGUGAUCAUGUGCGUGAUGGGGGCUGCUAUCGCGCUCGUCCUGUCCGACCGAAAGGAUGCCAUGUUCAUACUGAUAUCCGUGUUCAUCAUUUUCUGCACGACGGCCACACUCUGCCUGGUGUUUGUGCCAAAGCUGGUGGAACUGAAACGCAACCCUAGCGGGGUGGUUGAUAAAAAGGUACGUGCCACGUUGCGUCCCGUCUCAAAGAACCGCCGUGACUCGUCGGUCUGCGAACUGGAGCAAAGAAUGCGCGACGUUAAGCAGACCAAUUGCCGCUUCCGGAAGGUGCUGAUGGAGAAGGAAGCGGAGCUGCAGGCGCUCAUCAAACGAGUUGGCCCGGAAGCACGGGCUUGGAUUGGGCUGGAAGCGUCCUCGUCUGAGCCGGACAUUAACAAGGAAUCGGUCAAGGUGCAGGUGAAAAAGGAUUACGCAAGUGGAACUGACUUCACAUCCAUUGGCAGCGUGGGUUCAAGCAAUGACACACUGGAUUCGGCAGGACCUGAAAGUCGUAAGCAGAAGAAAACUACCGUAAUCCUGCCCGGGGAAGAGUUGCCAGCCACGGCGGCAGCGUCUGGUUCGCGUGUCAAUCUGGCGACGGCUAUAACAACGAUGGCAGUGGGGGCCGGCGCCGGAGUAGCUUCAAUUGCCGCGGUCACAACCGGAUCCGUAGGGCAGGUCGGAGCUACGCAGGCCACCAGCACCGUACACAAUGCAGCAGCGCAAUCCCAAGGACCGGGUGCCACGGCGACUGCCAAGUCAACACAGGCAACUGCCGCGCAAACCAUCAACGUUAGUACGAGCGUACCGGUCGAUCCGAGCAAACCCAUGUUCAACGACGUCCGGCGGGAGUCUGUGUCGGCUAGCUCCAAGUGGUCUCCAGGGCAGGCGCUGCAUCACCAACAACAGCAAACACAAACCGUGGAACAGCACCGGCACUACGACGAUGAGCGUACGACGAACGGUCCAACGACGGUCGCGAGGUUUAGCACGCAAGCGAACAGUAGCUCUACAACCUCAACCACACAUUCCAACACGGAACUGAAUCAACUGUGCCAUCACUCAAAAACGAGUGGUAAAAGUAGAGGAGAUAUGAGCAGCGAUGGAUCACGGCGCGUCAGUGUACAGAUGACGUCCUCGCUGAAGGGUAACUUUGUGGUUUCCCAGAGUGAUCUUUGGGACACGCACACGCUAUCACAUGCCAAGCAGCACCAGCGACAAUCGCCGCGAUCGCAUCAGGGCUCGAGCCGCUGUCCCGACCAUGGACAUCUAAACCAAACGCCACAGCAACCACAGCAGCAGCAGCAGCAGCAACAACAACAGCAACUGCAUGCUCAACAGCAAUACGAUUAUGACAAUAGUGCAACCACCUCACCAGGGCCAAUCCAACGAAGCGUUUCGGAAAAGAACCGCACCAAGCAUCGGCACAAACAGCAGCAUAAGAGUACAGCGUGCCAGAGCGAAACGGACAGUGAACGGGAGCAGCGGGACUAUCAGAACUUUUCUUCGUCCAUUUGCUCGACGGCGGCCAGCUCGACGGCGACCGUCUCCAUGGUCGGCAGUACGGCCGGCGGCGGUAGCGUGAGUGCCGGCGGGUACGUUACACCCAACAAGAUGUCGUCACGAAGACUAACCAAGUCGCAGCAUUCGCACCAUCACUCGACACCGAAUGUAGCACCGGGGAUGGAACGAGCAGGCACAAUGGAUCGCAAGCACCGGACGAGUGAUUCGCGCGGGACGGCCGAUGGCAGCACGGGCGGCAGUGUCGGUGGCGGUGGACACAUAAGCAAGCAUCGAAAAAAAGAGGGCUCCGCCUCGAAGCCAAACCUGUACGGUGCGUGCUCAGAAUCGGAGCUGCUGGAUGGUGAAACGGCCAUCCUGCCCAUCUUCCGCAAGCUGCUUAACGAAAAGGAGUCUAGGUAUAGAGCAAGAAAUAUGGUAGGCGCCAGUUGCCCUAAUAUAUCGAUUAAAUGUGAUAUUGUUGAGUAUUUGUAAACUUUCCACGGGGCAACGUUUAUCAUAUAAAAAAACGCUCCUGGCUAACAGUACGAUCAACGCGCUGCUCAUGCGUUAGGCGUGCGUGAGAGUUAGUACUUACUAAUAGUGAAGUACAAUUAUCCGGGUCCGUGAUCCGCAAACAAAUUAAAAACAAUCGCGUUGAACGAAAUAAACCAGAAACGACUUGUGUCUUGACUUCGUAUGUGCAGAUAGAACGGAUGUGAUUUGAGUUAAACACGUAGUUACCUGUACUAAUUUCCUGUCCUGUUUCCUUUCUUUGUCACUGUUAUUAGACCCACUCCACACUGCUGAGAACAGGGUAAUUAUCAAGUUUCUGUAAAAAAAACAAGGAACAGUUACGAGCAUUGUAGAUAUCAAGGCAAAUAUUCGAAGGAAUUGUACGGAAGAAUAGCAUUCGAUAAAAUCUUACCUGUGUGUUAGCGAUCAGUAAAGCAGUAUGUACAUACCCUGCACGUAAGCUCUGUGACGUUUAUUUUUUUGUGGGGUGGAGGACCGAACCGAAAAAUGUAAAACUCAAUGUAAAAUAAAUAGACAACAAACGUUAGGAUAGAUUGUUUUGAUAAUUGUGACUGUUAGUGAUUUAACCGGCAAGGCAAAAGCUAGUAAACUAAAGUAGGAUAGAUUGAUGGUUAGAGUGGCCGUGCGGGGAGAAACUGUAAUGUUGGCAACUCUCUGCUGCGCAUUCCAUUGCACUUGUACUUGCACAGCUGGGUUUAGAAUGCCAAUGCAAACGUUCAAACGAUGCCGGACAAGUACCGUUCAAGGGUAAACACGUUUUUACACGGUUUUUGAUACUCAUAAGAGUGUUUUUGUUACAGUUAUUGUAGACUGUUAGACGGCCAAGGUGAAAGACAAAAAAGUGUGCAUUGAAUCGUGUGUUGAAUUUGUUCAUUUAUGUGCAAACAUAAUAUGACAAUAGAUUUAAACAAUCAAAGUAUAGCCGAACCCAUGUCGUCGGAAGGUAGUACGCGGGGAGUUAGCAACUCACACAUCAGGCUGGCAGGCUGGUCCCUCAUAUGUAAGCAACAAAUAUGUAACAAUUGACACACUAAUCUUUACAUGUAGCCGUGUUGCGAAGGGUUACCAGCGAAUGGUUACUUGAUCUUAACGGUGAGAUGGGUGUUAAUGCUCUGUUUUGCAUGAUACGUGUUGUUAAACGCCGUUUUUGUUUCUUUAGAGACGCAAGAUUUCUAAUUCUCAUUUGCAAGUUCAACGAUCUCCAUAUCGAAUCGAUGUUUAAGGCUAAUAUGAUAAAUUUUGGAUGACUUAGACGGCUGAGCGAAAUGUCCAGCACGUGCGCCACCGGCUAGGAAAAAGAACACAAUUAAAUCGAGACAUACCUUAGAGAGAUGUGUCAGCACACUGAACUGGAUUAUGCGUAAGGAUAGACGCAGCACGAACAUACGAACAUGCAACAACGCAAAACAUAGUGCGGAAAAUGUAAAGAAAUUAGAAAAAAUAAUCAAUGCAACUGCAAAUAACCGAAAAUAUCAAUCAAUCCAGACUGUGUUCGUUCAGCAAGUGCUAGACGUACUAUGGGGGUGGGGAACACAACAAAAAAAAACCCUUAAAGAUUGCAAUUGUAAAACAAAAAAGUAUUUCUGCUGCGACGAACAGCGAUGUCACGUGGAACGUGCUCAGGUGUGGCGUUGUUGCCACAAGGGAAAGCGAAAUCCGAUAGCAAGUAAAACUAAGAUCCGGAGCAUUGGACUACGCGAAACUUGGUGAACAUAAGUACAAUCGUCUUCCUACUAUUACUACACAUACAACACAUGCACAAAAGAGCCUAGCCAAUGUGUUAUCAGUUUUAUCUUUACCUCCCGUCACCAAAUUCACACUCUUUGUCGAGUAAAAUCACAAUCAUUCAUGCACAUGCAAAACCACAAACAAACAAGUCACACAGACUCAACUUAUGCACAUUUUGUAAAAGUCGCGAACAUGAGAACAUAUUGUUGCCCCACCCGUAUACGAUCAUCUUUCUACUAUGGAUGGUUGGACAUUGCAAGGAACUACUUUGUACUACACAAACCCAAGCGCACUCGAUCGAUGGUGGACUACGAUCGAAAACGAAUUAUGCAGUAUGGUAGGGGGGUUUGUAAUUAAACAAAUAACAAAAACAAAAACCAUAAAAAAAUCAAACAAUAACACACUUUACACACACACACACAUGCACGCACACGGACACAUUUGAAUGCACCGAAAUUGUAAUUUUCAUGUCAAAUUGAUGUUGUUAGAGUUUUAAUUUUAUCUCUUUUUCCAUCAUUUGGCUAUAUUCCUUCAUAGUCUCGGUGGAUACCGGCCAAUUAAUGUAUUAGGCGGAUUGAAAUGUACAUUAAGGCGAGUGAAACGCACAACAAAAAUAAUACAAAUAAGUUAAUUUAUGUUAAAGAGAUUCCGCUUUACCGGAACCCAAGCGCAUCGCUACUGAUGUACGCAACGUAGUGAAAUGGAAGGAUAACGCAUUGCACUGCAUACGCAACCACUUCAGUUGCCUAAAGUUUUUUUUUCAGAAGGAACGGCUGGCCGUAUUGUUAGUUGCGUUGAGUGAAUCGUAUUUAAAAGGACAACUAAAAUUGUUAAAAAAAAACACUUGUUUAAUGUUUGUUGUAAGAUACAAAGGGCAGACCGGCCAUUUUCGGACAGGGUCUUUGCUUUGACAAAAGAGACAAAUGUUUUCUAUCUACAGUUUUUCGUAUCGUAAGUGUUUUGUUUAUAACAAAAAAGAAAAUGCAUAAACUGCAAUGCUUUGCUCAUUGCAUCCACGAACCCACAAAAAUGUACGAGAGCAAAAAAAAAAUGCAAAAAAGAUUUGUUGCUAAUUUUCAUCGCAUUUAAUCCAUGCUCAUCGAACGAAGUUAAACAUAUGCGAAUGAGUUGUUUAUCAUUAAAUCUACUAAUAAAGCAAAAUAAAAAAAAAAAAACAUCAGGGUUGAGCCGAACUGGUAGACAGUAUAUACGAUAAUGCUGGAGCGUUAUCAUGUGCAUAUACAGGCUGGAAGAUUACCCAGACAAAAGUGGUCGUAAUAAGUAAGUGUACAACAGAUGCGUUGUACUAGCGAAAGUAAAUGCAACGAAGCCCCGUCUCAAGUGUAGAAAGCAGGUGCGAAGUUUUGCACAACGAUAGCACUUGCAAAACAAAAAUUAAAUGUUAGGUAGGACAACACAGCUAAUGACACACAGUAAACGAGUCAACCAAACUGAACACUCAUUUGUGAAUUAGUGGGCAAAUGCGUGGGUGCGUGUGGGUUUUUUUAGUGUAGGCUUGAGAGAUCCUAGAUCAAUUAAAAGGCUAGUCGACUAACGUAGGAAACAGUCUCGUUGAGAUAGAAUCGUUGCAAACUCGUUAAUUAUGUAUGUAUCCCGGAGGCACCGCAAUUGACACUCUUGGAUGAGUUGUACUUAUGUUGAGAGUGUAUCAUGAGCGAUACACUGAUCAAUUCCGUUUUAAAUAGAUAAAAGGCUAAACAAACACGCUUUGGUCAGUCAAUCGAAAGCUCAAUAGGAACGUAACGCGUAAAAAGUAGUUUACAGUAGGUUGAUUUGUUUUACUUCAAAUUGUAUUGUUCGAUUGGUUAAACAUAUGUUAAACGGUUCAAAUAAAAUGAUGUUGAUUUUAUUUUCUAA